AUGGGCGAGUACUCGAAAGCACUUUCAUCGCUAGAAAGAUCACUUGAAAUCCGAAAAAUAGCUCUCCCUCCAAAUCAUCCCGACUUUGCUCAAUCCUACAACAACAUCGCUAUGGUGUAUUAUAACAUGGGCGAGUACUCGAAAGCACUUUCAUCGUACGAAAGAUCACUUGAAAUUCAAAAAAUAGCUCUCCCUCCGAAUCAUCCCUCAUGGGCUGCUUCCUACAACAACAUCGCUAUGGUGUAUUCUCACAUGGGCGAGUACUCGAAAGCACUUUCAUCGUACGAAAGAUCACUUGAAAUUCUCAAAAUAGCUCUCCCUCCAAAUCAUCCCAACUUGGCUACGUCGUACAACAACAUCGGUAUGGUGUAUUAUAACAUGGGCGAGUACUCGAAAGCACUUUCAUCGUACGAAAGAUCACUUGAAAUCCUCAAAAUAGCUCUCCCUCCGAAUCAUCCCUUCUUGGCUUCUUCCUACAACAACAUUGCGUCAGUGUAUGAUAACAUGGGCGAGUACUCGAAAGCACUUUCAUCGCUAGAAAGAUCACUUGAAAUCUCCAAAAUAGCUCUCCCUGCGAAUCAUCCUGGCUUGGCUGCUUCCUACAACAACAUCGCUAUGGUGUAUGAUAACAUGGGCGAGUACUCAAAAGCAUUUUCAUCGUUAGAUAGAUCAUUUGAAAUCUUCAAAAUAGCUCUCCCUCCGAAUCAUCCCGACUUGGCUACUUCCUACGACAACAUCGCUUCAGUUUAUUCUCAAAUGGGCGAGUACUCGAAAGCACUUUCAUCGCACGAAAGAUCACUUGAAAUUCGAAAAAUAGCUCUCCCUCCGAAUCAUCCCGGUUUGGCUACUUCCUACAACAACAUCGCUAUGGUGUAUAAUAAGAUGGGCGAGUACUCGAAAGCACUUUCAUCGUACGAAAGAUCACUUGAAAUCCGAAAAAUAGCUCUCCCUCCGAAUCAUCCCUCAUUGGCUACUUCCUACAACAACAUCGCGUCAGUGUAUGAUAACAUGGGCGAGUACUCGAAAGCACUUUCAUCGCUAGAAAGAUCACUUGAAAUCCGAAAAAUAGCUCUCCCUCCAAAUCAUCCCGACUUUGCUCAAUCCUACAACAACAUCGCUAUGGGAGCAUCGCCUGUUACUGUAUACAUAUAA